AUGGACAAAAGCUGGAUGAACUUGACCGAUAGACUUCGUUCGCCUGCAUACGCCGAUGGGGCUAACACUUUCCUCACCCCUGCACAAAACCAUUCUCAGGGCAGUAAUCGCAUUCGGUGUCCAUGUCGUUCAUGCUGUAAUAAUCUCUUCUUGCCUAUACUAAUUGUGGAGACUCACUUGUUCAUUAAAGGGAUCAAUCCAAAUUAUACUCAGUGGGUAUUUCAUGGGGAGGAGGAAACACGAAGUUUCAAUGACGAUGGUGACGAUAGUGUUACUGAUUACGCCCACGAGUACAUUGAUGACAUGGACCAUAUGUUAGAUGACAUCCGGGCAAGCACAUUCGUCGAUGUUCGCCAAGAUCAUGGUAAUCCAUCGCCAACUCGUGGAUCAAUACCAGAUCCCUCCCCAAGUUCAUCUUUCGACCAUCUACUAGAGGAUGCCCGACGUCCACUUUUUGCUGGUUGUACAAAAUUCUCAAAACUGUCAUUUAUUGUGAAGUUGUUACACAUUAAGACACUCGGUGGUUGGUCAAUAAAGUCGUUUGAUAUGCUACUGAACCUGUUGCGGUCUGCCUUUCCUGAUGCUGAAUUGCCACAUUCAUAUGAGGAGUCAAAGUCAUUGGAGCGGGGUUUGGGAUUCAAUUACCACAAGAUUCAUGCAUGCCCUAAUGACUGCAUCUUGUUUUGGAAGGAGAAUGUUAAUCUUAAUGAAUGUCCUAACUGUAAGGCUUCAAGGUGGGUGCCUAAUACACACAAGGCAUGCCUUAUCCCGCAAAAAGUGUUGCGGCAUUUUCCUUUGAAGCCAAGGUUGCAACGUCUCUUCGUGUCUGCAAAGAUAGCAGGUGAUAUGAGAUGGCAUAAAGAGCAACGGCCUACUGAUGAGGCUAGCCUGAGACAUCCUGCAGAUUCAGAGUCCUGGAAGAGAUUUGAUGAAGAACAUAGUUGGUUCGCUCAUGAUACUCGCAAUGUAAGGCUUGGGAUGUCAAGUGAUGGUUUCAAUCCGUUCAGCAAUCUGUCUAAACCGUAUAGCAUUUGGCCAGUAAUCCUUGUUCCGUAUAACUUGCCUCCGUGGUUGUGCAUGAAAGACCAAUUCAUGAUAACAUCCCUCAUUAUUCCUGGGCCAAAAUCUCCAGGUAAUGACAUCGAUGUUUACUUGCAACCGUUAGUCGAUGAACUGCUUGAAUUUUGGGAACAUGGGGUACCUACGUAUGAUGCCUCCACAAAGGAAACUUUCAUGUUGCAUGCUGCUUUAAUGUGGACAAUCAACGACUUCCCAGCCUAUGGGAAUCUUUCUGGCUGGUCAACAAAAGGAAAAUUAGCAUGUCCAUCCUGUAAUGUGGGCACAGAUUCCAUGUGGUUGAAAUAUGGCCGAAAACAUUGUUAUAUGGGACAUCGUCGUUUUUUGCCGCCAGAUCACAUGUGGAGAAUGAGAAAACAUUUGUUCAAUGGUCGAGAAAAUCAACGCAUGCCACCAAGGAUUUUAGAAGGAGCUGAUGUGGUGGCUCAACUACAGAUGAUUGGGAAUGUGCAAUUUGGUAAAUCUGGUCGAAAGAGAAAACGCACUGCUGAAGAGUUGAACUGGACAAAGUAUAGCAUUCUCUUCAAGCUACCGUAUUGGGCAACCCUGCGUCUUCGGCAUAAUCUAGAUGUCAUGCAUAUUGAGAAAAAUAUUUGUGAUAACAUCUUGUGCACAUUAAUGAACAUUCCUGGGAAAACCAAGGAUAAUAUCAAUUCUCGACGUGACUUGGAGCUUUUUCAGUUUAGAAAAGAAUUACAUUUGAAGGUCCAAGGUGAACGUGUUACAAUGCCACCUGCACAGUACACAUUACACGGUCAUGAAAGGAAUAAAUUCUGUGAAUGGCUGGCCGAUGUGAAAUUUUCAGAUGGAUUUGCUUCCAAUAUAUCGCAUUGUGUUUCUGUACGUGAUUGCAAAAUCAAAGGAUUGAAAAGUCAUGACUGUCAUGUUUUUCUCCAAAGAUUACUUCCUAUUGCUGUUGGUGGGUACUUACGCACUGAUAUUGCAUUGGCCUUGACUGAAUUGAGCACUUUCUUUAAAGAGUUGUGCGCCCGAACCCUGGAUGUUAACCGCCUAUUGCAACUCCAAAUUGAUAUUGUUACAAUUCUAUGCAAAUUGGAGAUGAUAUUCCCCCCAUCUUUUUUCGAUGUCAUGGUCCACCUAGCUGUCCACUUACCCCGUGAGGCCAAACUUGGGGGUCCAGUACAGUACAGAUGGAUGUAUCCAUUUAAGAGGUAUCUCGGCAAGUUCAAGCGGUAUGUUAAGAAUAAAGCUCGCCCAGAAGGCUCAAUAGCCGAAGCCUAUAUUCACAUCGAAUGCCUGACUUUUUGCUCAAUGUAUCUCAAAGAUAUUGAGACGAAGUUUACUCGAAUGGACCGCAACAUUGAUGGUGGAGAAGCGGAGAAUAUAGAUGGAUUCAAGAUUUUCAACCAGAAAGUUCGUGUCAUGGGUGUGGCUUCCAACUUGAAAUUAUCGAAGCGAUGA